AUGAAAGCAAAAAUAGAAGAAAGGAAAAAAGGAUUUAGAAUGAAAGUUGGUGGAAUAGCAUUUGUUGUUAAUGAUGAUGCUGAUAAUGAUAAUGAUGAUGAUGAUGAUGAUGGUGGUGGUGACAAUAUUCAAUUUGUUUAA